AUGGAGCACGAACGUCACGUGAACCAGGAGUUGAAAGGCUUGCGCAUGGAGAAUAGACAGAUGAAGCGUCAAUUGAACAUUGUGGUAAACCAGUUACCGCACAUUGCAGGGGCAAUGCAUGAGAUGUCCUCCAAUCGCGGAAGAGGAUCGCGUUUCAGCAAACGCACCAACCCCCUGUCAGACUUCGCUGGUGUCUCUUUCGCCUUGAAAGAGGGCGUUCCAAGAGACUACUGGCUUAAGUUCACGCAAUCACCAAACUUCGACACGUGCUGGAAGAAGGUCACGGAAUGUCUCAAUGACAAAACUGUGGCAGUCGAACAGAAGGGCAACCGGCUCUCUUUUAUCGUAAAAGACGAAUCCAAGCAGAAAAACAUACUCAAACAUCAGGGAGAAAUCUUGGAGUAUCUUGAGAUGACUGCACACAUCCUCAUGCAGGAUGGCGAGUUGGAACGUCGCAAGGAGGGCCCGACUGUCGUCAUGGCUUUUUUCGGAUACUGGCGUACCGGUAAAGAUGUCAACCGCAAACUCGAAGAAGAGAGGCUUCGGAAAUCCUUCACAACAGUCUACAAGUUUGAUGUUCGACAAUUCACGAUCCACACCGACCACUUCUAUGUAGAAGCCGUUCGCUGCCCCAAAGUUACUAAGCUUCUGGAACAAGGCUGGGCCUCUUUGAACUCGCAGAGGCUCGAGGUCUGGCUAUGGAGUGCUGAGUGUGAAUUGGUUUUCUGCUACUUGUGUAGUGAGCCGAGUCACAAGCAGUUUGAGAAAUUCCGCUGUUCUGGCAAUACGCACUGCGGAUCAUGCGAUGGCGAUCACACGAAGAGCGAGUGUUCCGAGACUGGCGUCAAAAAAUGUCCCAACUGUGGUGGACCCCAUGCAGCUUGGGACAACGAAUGUCGCUACGGCCCCACACUGGACAUGCGGAAGUACGUGGCUGAGGUCCGUCAAGAGAUCGCGGGUCCCUUUCUGCCCAGAACACGUUGGAUAUCGGUUUACGACCCAUCCUGGGAGGCUCACAGAAUUUCCCCUGACCGAACCCGUAGGACGAGCUCUGGCACUGGCAGAAGCAGUCCUCGCGGGAUUGAGAUCAACGGAUCUCAUAAGAGCAAGCGAAGGAACGACAGACGUAAGUUGCGGAAGCUCAACGGCGGCAACAACAACGGCGGCAACAACAACGGCGGCAACAGCAACGGCGACAACAACAACGGCGGUAACAAUGGCGGCAACAACGGCAAUACCGACAGCAACAUCGAUCAUGACAGCAGCGGAGCGAGUAAGAACAUGUCAAGCAACAAUGGUCAGAAAGAGUCGAGCAAGAACGAUGGUCAUGACGGCGCCGCGAAUACCGCCCCUGCACUUAGUGCACCGUCUGAGGACGCCAGCCAGACGACUGGAACUGUUGCAAUGACUCUUGUGGAGGACUCUAUGUCUCGUGAGCAGCAUGCCCAUUGCAACGAUCACCCGCUCAACGUUGCGAACGACCAAGCUCUCCUUGCCGAUCAAUCAGUUGAGACAGUCCCUGAGCUUGCCAACCAGUCCUCCAACGAACCAACCACCGAUCGCCUCUCAACCGCGCCUAUGGGGCCAAACGACACUCAUAUGAUGUCUGUUCCGCCGGCUGUUUCAGGAAGGCCGCCUCCAAGUGACUCUCAGACUAUCGCUCCCUCCAAUUGCAUGGAAUCGAGCGAUAUCCCGUCCGGCCCCGCCACUGCUCCUAUGGGGUCGAGCAGCGUUCGCCCUCCCCGUGGCGACCCAUAUUCUGUCCAGGUCUCCGACAUACAAGGUCCCUCUGGAGCAUCAGUGCCAGUCAUGGCCGAUCUCUCCGCACAUCAGGGCAAAUUCGACUCUCGGCAAUGA